CCUCAAGCGCCCAUGCUUUUCCCACCUGCAGCCAUGAACCUCCGCGUGCCCGCCUGCACCCUGGCUCUGCUGGCCCCGGCCCUGGUGUGGUCGCUGAGCCCCACGCUCACCCCCGAGGCUCCAGAGCAGCUCUGCGGACACUACUUCGUCCGUGCGCUGGUGCGCGCGUGCGGCGGCCCCCGCUGGGCCCCCGAGGGCCGGCACGUGGCUGGCGGCGACCGCCAGCUGCUGCAGUGGCUGGGGAGACGCCACCUCCUCCAAGGGCUGGUGUCGGAUGGAGACGCCCAGCCCCUGCCCCAGGUCGCUCAGCGUCAUCGCCACCACCGGGCGGCGCCCGCCAACCCCGCUCGUCGCUGCUGCCUCUUCGGCUGCACCCAGCGAGACCUGCGGGCCAUCUGUCCCCACUGACUUCUCCUCGGGCGGGCGCCACUUCGCGGGGACCCCAACGUCUGGUCGGGUGAGGCCCUGGGUCUACACCGCACCAUAAAUUCCUUGGGCUUUCGGGGGCUCCGGGACGGGGCGCCCCCCACCCGCUCAGGCCGGGGCCACGGUCCGUCCACUGGAGGAGAAGACACGCCCCAGUUUUACAGCCAUGCCAAACACGGAAGGCCAUUGUCCUCCUUCCAGAGGCCACCCUGCCGGCUUUUGUGACACCCUCUCCCCUUCUUGCUGUCUCCCCAGUAGGAAAUAAAUCAUUCAAAGCAG